ACGUAUAAAUUUAAUGUAGCAUAUAGAUAAAACCCGAUUGAAAAAUUGUUAUCAUGAUAGGUUACAGCGUAGCGGAGAUGAUGUUUUGUUACAACCAAAGGGUAAUAGUUUCGAUCUUGGUAGGCGGCAAUUUUAAUCUUACUAUUUUAUUAUUAUUUUUUUCCAGUUAAAUCUAUUAAUUUUCCUGCUUUGUCUUAUAAACCUUACUUUUUCUUAAAUUUCUACAUUCAUAUUUUCAAGAAUUUUUCUUUGGAUAAUUAAUUAAUUUGUACAAACAUUAAUAUAAUCAUAAAAUCAUAUUCAAAGUAUAAUAAUAUGGAAAAUGUUACAUGAUACUUUUUUCCAUAGUAUAAUCAUCUACUUUGAGCAUAGCAAACUAGAAAAACUUAAAAUUAAUUCUAUUUUGAGUGCUUUUGAUUAUUUUAAUUAAUUUUAUAUGUUAUAUAAUUUUUUAUAUAUAUUUAUAUAUAUAUUUUUCCGUAGUAUAAUCUUCUACUUUGAGCAUAGCAUACUAGAAAAACUUAAAAUUAAUUCUAGUUUGAGUGCUUUUGAUUAUUUUAAUUAAUGUUAUAUACUUAUAUAUAUCUUUAUUUUUUAGUAUUUUGGCAAUAAUGUGCUAAGUUAGUCCCCCCUCUCCCGAACAUUAAAUCCUAGCUCCACCCCUAGCCAUGGACAUCAUUUCAAAGUAUAAUAAUAUGGAAAAUGUUACAUGAUACUUUUUUCCGUAGUAUAAUCAUCUAAUUUGAGCAUAGCAUACUAGAAAAACUUAAAAUUAAUUCUAUUUUGAGUGCUUUAGAUUAUUUUUAUUAAUGUUAUAUGUUAUAUACUUAUAUAUAUAUAUAUAUAUAUUUAUUUAUUUAUUUAUUUUUUAGUAUUUUUGCGAUAAUGUGCUAAGUUAGUCCGCCCCCCAACAUUAAAUCCUAGCUCCACCCCUGGCCAUGGACAUCAUUUCAAAGUAUAAUAAUAUGGAAAAUGUUACAUGAUACUUUUUUCCGUAGUAUAAUCAUUUACUUUGAGCAUAGCAUACUAGAAAAACUUAAAAUUAAUUCUAUUUUGAGUGCUUUUGAUUAUUUUAAUUAAUGUUAUAUACUUAUAUAUAUCUUUAUUUUUUAGUAUUUUGGCGAUAAUGUGCUAAGUUACUCCCCCCGGCCAACAUUAAAUCCUAGCUCCACCCCUGGCCAUGGACAUCAUUUCUAGUAACCGGAACAAAAUUCCAAACUUUCCAUAUACUGUUGUCUCUGUGAUCAGACGGGAGGAAUCGGUAGACCCCAAAUGUGCCUUAUUUUUAAAAUAUUAAUCUCCAAACCAGUAUCUCUAGAGGAGACAGAUCCCUGAAAUUUGGUAUUAAAUGAUCACCUUCACUGUUUGAAUGACUGGCCCUACAAUCUGGAUGUCCAGGUUCGAUUGAGACCAUUGAUUUGAAAAGCGACUGACAAUUGAUUCGGGCCAAUUUUAUUCACAUGGCCAAGCUAUCUCAGAGACAAGCUCCCAUUAGUUGGUUUCUGAUUCGUUCGGGGACUUUUUUUUUAUAGAGAAGUUUGGGAACCAUUCAUCACCUUUGAUUUGAAAAGCAACUGACAAUUCUGCCAAUUUUAUUCACAUGGCCAAGCUAUCUCUAAGACAAGCUCCCAUUAGUUGGCUCCUCUGACUCGUUCGGGGGACCAUUCAUCUAAAAAGUUACUGACAACUGCGUCAUUGUUUUCAUAUGGCAAAGCUUUUUCGCUGAUUCACCAUUUACUUCACAUGACAAAGCUAUGUCUGACACCAGCUUUCUUUAGCUGGCCUCGCUUUCGCUGCGUUAGCCGGCCGCCGCCCCACUCCAUCCCUCCUCCCCUCCCAUACUCUCCUACCACCACCCAAUCCCUCCUCCCCUCUCACGCCCUCCUACCACCACCCUUCCUCCUCUGCUACCCCCCGCCGCCCCACCCCAACCCUCCUCCAUUCCCACGCCCUCUCUCUCUCACUCAGCGGCCACCUGCUGCCAUUACCGGUCAAGAAAGAUUGAGAAAAAUAAGGAAAGGGGAUCUGGCAGGAGAUUAUAGAAGUGAGAAAAAGAGAGAAUUGUAAUUAAUAGAUUGUAACUACCUAAAAUGUAAAUUAUUAAAAUUAAUUAAUAUAAUUUAUUUUUAUACUUAUUUACCCUUAGUAAUCAUCAUAACUUGUCCCGAAGAAAAGGGAGAGCCACGGACAGGGGCGGAGGCCCCCCCCUCCCCCUCCCCCCCCCCCCCCCCCCCCCCCCAGAAUUUUAAAACUUACGUAUAAAGUCGUAGAAAAUUCCGAUAAUUACGUAUAAAUUUAAUGUAGCAUAUAGAUAAAACCCGAUUGAAGAAUUGUUAUCAUGAUAGGUUACAGCCUAGCGGAGAUGAUGUUUUGUUACAACCAAAGGGUAACAGCUUCCAUCUUGGUAGGCGGCAAUUUUAAGCUUACUAUUUUAUUAUUAUUUUUUUCUAGUUAAAUCUAUUAAUUUUCCUGCUUUGUCUUAUAAACCUUGUGUGCCUUAUUUUUAAAUAUUAAGAGAAUGAUGUAGAGGCCUGUACGUGGCAACUGCGGGCUGUAAAUAUGAAGAGAAAGCGUGCCUGGGUGAUUCGAAAAGCCGAGACCAACCACACUUGCUCCUCGUCCAUACGUUCCCAGGAUCACAGGCAACUUAAAGCAAAGAAAAUUGGGAGAACUAUUAAACACCUUAUCGAAGCACAACCAGAUAUCAAGGUCAAAGCUAUCAUGGCCGAGGUGAAGGAUCGACAUUGAUAGACCGUUGAUUGCACAUGUUUUUACCCCUAUUCUUGAACCGUUUGAGAUGUCGAUUCUCGUGUUUUAGGCCGAUUUCACGCUAGGUUGUGCUUGUUUGUGAAUUGUGAUAUUUCAGGUCCUAGUACGUGAAUGAAGGUUUGGGAACGAGUUUGGGGUCGAUUAGACGAAGUUUGGACGUUUGGCGAGAAGCUGAGAAGCCACACGGGCAUGCCUAAAAGCCACAUGGCCGUGUAAGGGAACCCAUGUGGCCGUGUGCAAAUUCCAGGGAACUCACACGGGCAUCCUGGAAAUCCACACGGCCGUGUGGUUGUGGCCGUGUAGGAUGGCUGGAAAUCACUUAAUCGAAACUCGGCGUUUUGACACUCACACGGGCAGCUGGGAAAGCCACACGGCCGUGUGGCCUGCCCGUGUGGUCAGGAUUUUCUGGAUUUUAACCCAAAUUCGAGCAAAAAGAGGGGAUCGACUUUUCAGAGGAAAAACAGAGCCCUAGAGAGAGAAAGUGCGAAGAACACCUCCUAAGAGUGGUUUUGGAGCUGGGUUUCAUCAAUCAAGCUUGGAAAUCAUCCUUGGAGUGAAGAUUGACAUCCCAGAGCAGAUUCUUCCCAUCUUGAUGAGUAUGACUGCUUUGUUUGCUGUUUUCCUCUCUCUCUAUGGAGUAGAACUCUAUUUCACUUGGGUAUGAAGAACCCUAGUUCCAUGUGUUAGGGAUCAUGAUUGUAAUGACUUGGGAUUGUUGCACUGAUUGAUUUUAAUCGAUUGAUGCAUUAUUUAUUGAGUCAAUUGAAGUCUGAUCAUCUUUUCUUGAUUUCUGCUGGAACCUGAGAUAGAUAGAAUCUGAUUAGGUUGUUAGAGCUUCUUCAAUCGGUAGUAGUGAAUCGAUUAUAUAAGAGUUCGAUUCACUGCUUUGUACUGGAACCCGAUUCCAGUAGUGGAGUUCUGUACUUAUCGCCUCAGCAGUCUAUCCUGGUGAAGGUUAGUCGCCUGCCGGUUUGCCUGUCUGAGAGGGCUUGGUCAGCUUAAGAGAUUCCAAGCUACUGUCGGAUCUUCCGCAGUUUAAUCAACAGUAAUCAACCCAGGGUAAUUACAACUGCGACCUAACUAAGGAGCUAGGGGGACUCAUUCCCGAGUGACUCUUCCUCUGCUUUAGAAAACCGAAUCAAUUCCUGCUUUCUUAUUGCUUUUAAUUAAAGCCACAAUCAAUCAACUUAGUUGGUUAGAUAAUAGAUAUUCAGGGAGUAGGCAGUAGAUCUAGACCCCUGGUUGAUAAUUAGAACUUGCCACUUUACUGCAUUCCCGGACUGCGAUUGCACUUGGUUGCAGUUUGGUGUUGUGUCGUAGCGUGUCAAGUUUUUGGCGCCGUUGCCGGGGACCUUCUAGGUUAUUGGAGAAACGUGAAAGUUUGUUACUCUAGCUUUUUCUUUACUUCAUUUUCUCUCUUCCACCUGUGUGCCUUCACGGGUUGCCUUUGCUGAUUCUGUGCAGGUAGUGCAUGACCCGUAGCUAGUCGGGAGAUUCACUACCAUUAGACUAGGAGCUUGAACGAACCUGUAGGAUUUAUUUCGAAUGUCGAGCGGAUAUUUGGUUUAAAGGUUGGAAAUAUGGGAACGUGAAUUAGUAUGGGAGGAAUUUGUGGCUGCUUUGUGCCAGUGAUUUGGUAAUCGUACUAAUGGUGGUGUGAAUUGUGAUAGCUAAGUUCAAUAAACUCAGGUAGUGAGAAUCUUUAGCGGAUUACAUAGGAGAAAUUCAAGGAACUAAGGUCCUUAAUGGCUAGAUUUAAUCCAACUUUAGAUUAGAUCUACUCAUCAGUAGUUUUAUCAGUGGAUUGGUGGAGGAACUCUAGCUAGUAAUGACGAUAUGGAAUCCGUAGUCUUUAGCGGAUGCUUUUCAAUUGGCACAGUUAGAGGAAGCCUCGAAUGAGGCUCGACGGAAGAAGUGGCAUAGUAAUACCAAUACUAAUUUUUGUCCCAUGGCUACAUCCAACAGUAACAAAAGCCCAUCUCCCAAAAUAUGGCAGGGCUCCAAUUCUCGACCUCCAGGAAGUGUUAAACCACCAAUACUGAAUCCAAAAGGGAAUGCGGCUAGAGGAACUUGUUACAAGUGUUGUGAUAAGUACUAUUACGAGCAUGUAUGUGAAGCAAAAAGCAACUUAAUGUGUUGUAGGCUAAUGAUGAAGAUGUUGUUCCUAAAGAAUGGAGUGUAAUGGAUGAGGAGGAUAUGGAAGAACCAAAAACGGAUUCAACGCAACCAGAAUUGGUCGAAGUAUAUAUGUAGGCUCUGAGUAGUGGGGGACUGUCCAAUUCCUUAAUUGUCAAGUGUAAGGUUAAGAAGGAAAAUAUUUUCAUACUAAUUCACAUGGGUAGCACUCAUACUUUUUCAGUGAAAAGAAGGCAAGGGAUCUCAAAUGUUAGUUGGUUCAGGCCCCUAAUCCUUUGAGAGUUAAAUUAGCAGAUGGUACCAUGUUCAUUAGCAACUUGGUGUGCAAGGAGUUUUGUUGGGAAAUUCAAGGACAAAAGUUUAUCUAUGAUAUGAGAAUUUUGAGUCUGGGAUCAAAUGAUUCAGUGUUGGGUUUAGAUUGGUUGAAGACAAUCAAUCCAGUGAAAUUUUACUUCACAUAGGUGCCACUUCAUCAAUGAUUAGUCAAAGGGUGACCGCCGUUAGGUCAACUGUUAGUUCUUACGGUCAACAAAACUUUGCUUAACACAAAUGACGCAAACACUUAAUAUGUUGGAAUAUUUUUGUAUUUAUUGAAGUUACGUAAUAUAAUGACACUUGCACUAAAUAUUGGUAUUUCCAGUGGCAUUAGCCCAAUUUUUUUAGUUAACGGUUGUUUAAUUAUCUAAUAUCGGUUAAACCAAUAAAGUGCGACAUGUUUGUUAUGUCAACAUUGAUAAAUUGUGAAAUGUGGUAUUUGAGUAAAAUAUCACAGACUUAAUUACUAAAUAUCAUAAUACAUCUUAUUUGAUGUU